AUGGGAUCCAAUACGCCCGAAUCCCAGAUCUUCUUGAUGUUUGGCAAUGGCUGGAUUGCUAACCUAAUGAAGGAUAUACUUCUAGAACAAGGCAAGACUAUCAUCAUGUCCAAAGCUAGGAUAGAGAGCCGUGAGCAGGUGUUGAGCGAGCUUACCAAGCACAAGCCCACCCGGGUCAUCAACUGCGCCAGCACGCGCGGCACGCCAAACGUCGACUGGUGCGAGGACCACAAGGUUGAGACGGUACGGUCCAAUAUCCUGGGAGUGCUCAACGUGGUCGACACUUGCUUCCAGCUGGGCAUCCACGUCACGCAGAUCGGGUCCGCCUGCAUCUACACGCUGUCGGAAGAAGAGAUCAAGCACCAACCGCCCUUCAAGGAGACAGACGAACCAUUCUAUCAAGGCUCGUGGUAUUCCCGCAGCCGGUUGCUCAGCGAGCUAUCCAUCCGCCACUACUCCAACCUGCUGCUGUUGCGUAUUCGAUUACCAAUUGCGGCAGACUUGCACAAGAACAACCAUAUUGGAAGGCUAUUGAAGUAUGAGAAGAUUGUGGACUUGACAGGGUCUGGCACGGUCCUGCCCAAUCUGCUGCCCGGUGCCCUCGUCCUCUCUGAGCAUGCCGUGACGGGUAUCUACAACUUUGUGACACCCGGCCAGAUCAGCAACGUCGAGCUUAUGGAAUUGGCCAAGAAAUACAUUCGACCUGAUCUGACGUGGCAGACGUUCGUGCUGGACGACAUGCUUAGUACCCUGAGGGCUCCGCGCUCCAAUUGCAUCAUGGACACGACCAAGCUGCAAAAGAAACUACGGGAGUAUGGCUAUGAGGUCAAGGAGCGCCGGGAGGCCCUGGAAGAGGUAUUCCAGAUCAUGGCGGAGAAAGGGUUAUAG